UGGUGCUCUCUAUCAGUCCAAGUCGUCGCUAAGCUUGACAAAAAUGGCCGCCCUUAUUUGACCCGUUAAAAUCUCUCUCUCUCUCUCUCUCUCUCUCUCCAAUUUCUUCUCUUUCAAUCCCUCUCUUCCAAAUCAGACGCAUCCCAGCUUUUUUCUUUUUUUUUUCCCCACCAAACUUAGUCACCAUUCACACUCCUCUCCGAUUUCCUUUCUAUUUAUGCAAAAAACUCUGAAUUUCGUCAUGGCUUCAAGAUAAUAACAGACUUGGACUUCUUUCUGGACUUGGUUUUUUUUUUUUUAAUUAUUUUCUGUUAGACGAUGGAGUUACCCAGUCCCGUAGUUGAUUCAAGAACCCUUUAGUGGGUUUUCUGUUCUUGUCUCCGAGUUUGGGUUGUGAAUUCCCAGCUCCUAUUAAGGAGAGAUCAAGCUGCGUUUCUCUGGGAUUUUUGGUGGCUAUAUAUACAGACAUGUAUAUAUAUGCUAAGAAUCUGUUGCUGAGUAGCCGGUUUCUUGACAUUUCUGGCGGUAUUCUUUUAUGGCUUUUGAUCCAUUCAAGCUUAAGCCUUGCUUCUGUGAAUGAUAUAAACUGCUUGAAGAGUAUACAAGAGUCACUAGAAGACCCGUAUGGCUAUUUGAAUUCUUCAUGGAAUUUUAACAACAACACUGAAGGAUACAUCUGUAAGUUUAUUGGGGUAGAGUGCUGGCACCCUGAUGAGAACAAAGUUCUCAAUAUCCGCCUUUCGGAUAUGGGGCUCAAGGGCCUGUUCCCUCAGGGAAUCGUGAAUUGCUCGAGCUUAACCGGUUUAGAUCUUUCGAACAACAAGCUGUUUGGACCUAUUCCCACUAAUAUCUCCAGAAUCAUGAACUAUGUAACAUCUCUUGAUCUCUCAUCCAACAACUUCUCGGGGUCUAUCCCGACGCUGCUCUCAAAUUGUACUUACUUGAAUGUUCUCAAACUCGAUCAUAACCGGUUGACGGGUCAGAUUCCUCCAGAGCUUGGCUUGCUCUCUCGGCUUAAGCAAUUUAGUGUGAGCAACAAUCUUCUCACUGGGCAAGUCCCAAAAUUUCAAAGUAGUGAGAUAAAGGCAGAUAGCUAUGCAAAUAAUCCAGGACUUUGUGGGCCUCUUCUCGACCCUUGUGAGGUGCCCCAGAAGAAAUCUCGCACCGUGGUUAUUGUGGCAUCAGCUGUUGGCGGUGCAACUUUUGCAGCAUUAGCCGUUGGUGUUGGUUUGACCUUCUUCUUCCGUAGAGUGGCUGUGAGGAAGAAGGAAGAGGAUCCGGAAGGAAACAAAUGGGCAAGGAGUUUAAAGGGAACUAAAGGCAUUAAGGUUUCCAUGUUUGAGAAGUCAAUUACAAAAAUGAGAUUGAGUGAUCUCAUGAAGGCUACAAAUAGUUUCAGUAAAGACAAUAUUAUUGGAACCGGAAGAACUGGAACCAUGUUCAAAGCAGUGCUUGACGAUGGCAGUUCACUUAUGGUCAAGAGGUUGCAGGAAUCUCAACACUCUGAGAAAGAGUUUUUGUCGGAGAUGGCCACUCUCGGGAAAAUAGAGCACCGCAACUUAGUCCCGCUUUUAGGAUUUUGCGUGGCGAAGAAGGAGAGGCUUUUGGUGUACAGGUAUAUGCCUAAUGGCAUCCUCCACAAUCGACUGCACUUCGUGGAGGAGGGUGGUAAGGCUUUGGAGUGGCCAACUAGGCUGAAGAUCGGGAUAGGUGCAGCCAGAGGGUUAGCAUAUCUCCAUCACACAUGCAAUCCUCGUAUUAUCCAUCGGAACAUAAGCUCCAAAUGCAUCUUGCUCAAUGCAGAUUUUGAGCCCAAAAUAUCUGAUUUUGGCCUUGCUAGACUCAUGAACCCGGUCGACACACAUUUGAGUACUUUUGUGAACGGAGAGUUUGGUGAUCUGGGUUAUGUUGCUCCCGAAUACGCCCGGACUCUGGUGGCCACUCCAAAAGGAGACAUUUAUAGCUUUGGAAUUGUGCUUCUUGAGUUAGUAACCGGUGAAAAACCCACCCAUGUUUCCAAAGCUCCUGAAAUCUUCAAGGGCAAUUUGGCAGAGUGGAUUUCACAACUAUCUGGCAACUCCGAGCUGCAUGAAGCUAUCGACAAGUCCUUGGUCGGGAAAGGCGUAGACGGCGAGCUUUUCCAAUUCCUUAAAGUUGCUUGCAGCUGUGUAGUGGCCACUCCGAAGGAGAGACCUACCAUGUUUGAAGUAUACCAACUUCUAAGAGCCAUAGGAGAGAAAUAUCAUUUCACAGCUGAUGAUGACAUUUUGAUGCCUACAGAAACGGGUGAUGUUGAUGAUUUAGAGGAACUUAUUGUUGCCCGAGAAGUAGCAAUGAAAGAGAUGUAGCAGAAAAAUAAUUUAAGGAAAAAAAAAAAGGGUAUGAAAGAGAUGUAGUAAUGCGUUAUAACAAUUUCCCCAUUUCAAAAUUACAUCCAUUUGUAAUUAUCACAAUUAUCACUAUUGCAUAAUUUAGCUUCUUUAGUUAAUGGUUCUAGCCUUUCUGUUUGGUUGUAUAAUGCCAUUCUUAUUUAACGAA